UCUCUCCUGCCUCUUACAGAUGCCCCUAAGGGGGUUAACAUCAUGCCUCCGUCCCCGCCCAAGCUGAGUGAAGGGGAUUUUCUGAGCUUAACCUGCCAUUUCAACAGCAGCGUCCCCGAGGCGGUCACCUACAACUGGUACAAGGACAACAUGGAGUGGAAGGGGUCCCAGCAGAAGCUGAAGGUUGCAGCAAAGGAUGCUGGGACAUAUCACUGUGUGGUGCAGAACGAGGUGGGGGCCACAGUGUCUUCCAAAAUCACCAUUCGGGCCUCCUCCCAAGGGCUGGUUUCCGCUUUGGCCGCCGGCAUCAGCGGUGCCGUGUUCCUGCUGCUUCUGCUGGGGCUGGGGCUGGCUCUGGCCUGCAG